GUUCAAUGUCAACGCGGCGGACAAAACAAAUUCGGUCUACCGUCACAAAAAUUUUAGUUUAGAAUUGAACCAUGAAGCUUGACAAAAGUUUAGAGGCCAGGAAACUGCUCCAUACAACUGUAUAUUCUCAGUGUUUUUCUCCUUGUGGCCAUUAUUUAGCAACAUGCAACAAUUAUGGGAAAAUAUCAAUUUUCAGUGUUUUUAAAGCUCUAGCCCCAGAUGCUUCAGAGGGUAAUUGGAAACAAAUAUUUUCAUUUCAAGCAUGUGAAGAUGGUGCUCUUUAUUGUUUAGCAACAACAGGAGAUCUGCUGAUAAGUGCAGGAAAUGGCCCCAUCUGUGCAUGGAAAUGGAAGGAGAUUUUAGACAAAAGUCCAAGAAUUGUGUGGUCUUUUUCUAUACCCAAGAGGGGCCCAUUUUCCAAUCCAGAAGUGAAUACAUUAGUCGUAGAUCAGCAGGAGACAGGGACAGCACUGUUCGCUGGAUGUGGUGAUAAGAAUGUGUACAGUUGGGAUCUAGAGUCUGGAAAACAAGUGCUAUGCAUGAGUGGUCAUACGGACUACAUACACGACAUCUCCUUGAAGAGUGAUGGGAACACUCUGGCCUCUGCAUCUGAGGACGGCUCGGUCAACAUCUGGGAUGUAAGAGACAGUGCUGAGCCUGUGUACUCCAUUGUUCCUCACAAAACAGAGAGUUGCUGCAGGCCUAGCCUGGGUAAAUGGGUGGGAUGUGUGGCUAUGGACAGCAGCAAUGAUUGGUUGGUGUGUGGAGGGGGUCCAAAAAUGUCGUUAUGGCAUCUUCGUUCUAUGACAGCUACCUCUGUGUUCGAUACUCCAAAAGCGUGUCAACAAACGGUCCAGUUCUACGAUGAUAUGAUCCUUUCUGCAGGUACUGAACCGUUUGUGAACCACUGGUUUGUGAAUGGUGACCAAAAAGCCAAAGUUCCCUGUACCCCAACGUCUGUGUUCAAUGUCUCCGUCAACAAAAAUGAUGACAAAUACAAGGUUCUCUGUGCCAGUGGUAGCAGCUAUAAGAUAGAUGUGUGCACAAACUUUGGAUAUAGAGCUUUCUCAUUCUCUCUUACCCCUGAUUAAUAUUAGGAUUUCAGUGGUAGCUUGUACAUUGAAUGUUCAUUUGGCAUCCGCUUAUAUAAAAUUCAACAAGUUGACAAGAUGGCCUAGUGACAUUGAAAACAUCAACAUUCACAAGCAGCUCACUAAGAUAAUUGAUGUACAUGUAAUAACAUGUAUAUGUGAUA